AUGAUUUUGACGACUAUUUUAUUAUUACUGGGGGUUACUGUUACUCAUCAGAGGAGUGUUCUCCAGAAUAAUGACUGUUCCUACCAAUCCUCCAACUAUUCCGUCAACUGGACCUACGAUGAGCUGAGUAAUGACAUUGUCUUCAAGUUGACUUCUCAAUCUGAUUUCACAAAUUUCUAUACUGCAAUCGGAUUCGGAAAUGAGAAGCCGGAAGACGUCAUCGCAGUGUACGUUCGAUCCCUUCAAAUCGGUCUAAUUGAUGGACACCUUGUGGAUGAUGGAGCUAUUGAAUCUGAUGAGAAAACGAAUGUCCAAGCGUUACAGUUUGAUCUACAAAAUGGAGUGCUCACUGCUCAGUUCGCCCGUCCAGUGGAAACUUUCGACACCCAAGAUUCAGACCUCGGAAGUUGUAUUAACAUGUUCUUCCUCACUUCCCCACGUGAGAUCAUCACCGGCGCCCCAUUGGAACUUGGCAGUGAGAGUAGUCUUCAGAAGAUUCGAGUCUGCGAUAUCGCGGUGACUUGUGCCACUAAAAUGCAUAAUGAUGUUCUUGUGAAACGACAAGAGGAUUCAGAUGUGGCACCGGUUUGCUCGAGUGGGCCGGAGGAUCAAAAGAAUCGGGUCGAAUGGACUGUUGAUGGGGAUUUGGUCCACUUCUCCAUUUUCCAAAACAGCAAAAAGGGGCGUUGGUGGUCUGCAAUUGGAGUCGGACAAUCCAUGGAUGACCUCAAUAUGAUCCUUCUCUUCGCUGAUACUGGAAAAUUGAAGAGUCAAGGAAUAUACAGAACUGAAGGGAAGAUGGUGCCGGAAGCAGUUCAAUAUGAGGGAAUUGAAGUGAAAAAAGAUCGGGCAGUGACAAAUAAUGGAAAGGCUCAAUUCGAUAUUUCCAUUGAGAAGAAAUUCUUCUUGGAUCGAGUGAACGACCAAGGCUGCUUCACCAUGCAAGUCGCCCUUCUCGCCGGUAAUUACAAGCCGGACUACAUAAUUCAAAAGCAUCAAAACACCCCUCACAGCAUCGAAAUCUGUAAUUUGGACGCCUGCAAAGCACCAGUUGAGCCACAACAAGAGAUCGACGGAGAGACUACGAAAAGAACGGACCGCCCGUUGGUAAAUGGAGAUGAAGAUGCCGUCGAAGCUUCUGGAGCUGUCGAAGGAGCGGAGACCACGAGAGCAGCUGUUCUGAAUAAUGACGUGGAGGGAUCAGGGCUCCCAGUGAUUCAGGAGCCGAAAGUUGAGAAUCAAGAGCCAAAAACUACUCCUCAUACAGCAGAAGUCGCCGAUGAGAAGCCAUUAACUGGGGAUGCUUCGACAGCUGCUGCUCCAGAAGUCUCACAGAAUUCUUCGACGUCGUCUGCUACAGUAGCUGCUACAGUAGUCGUCUCCUUGGCCUCCUCAACCCCGAUCCCCGAGCCAAUGACACCUGAAAAGAAUCACGUGUUCGCUGUGGACAAUCAGACGACGAAACAAGACAAGUUAGAUGACGUCACAAGUAAGAAGCCUGAGGAGAAAGUGAACGACGCUCCAGAAGAGACAACGAAGGCGUCGGCGGGAAGUGUUGGAGAUGGAAACAAGAAUGGGUGUGGAGCUGAGCACGAGGACUUGAAGAUUUGUGAAUCGUAUUUUGCCGAGUAUUUGGGAAAAGUCAAUGAGUGGUCCGAGAAACAUAAUAUGACGAUUUCCAGUCAUAUGUGGAAGGCGUGCACCCUGCUGUCCCAAGUCCAACACGUCACCACAAUGUGCUGUACAAUUUUCCGAAACACGUGUGCCACGUAUCUCCAGCUCUAA